GCAAUGGGUCAUCAGUGGCAACUCCUUGCGCGCGAAGGGGAACCCUGGCUUUGUGCUGUGUGCUCGCCGAGACUUUCAGGGGAUUCAUCUUUGGUCCUUCGACGGUCUACCGGACCAGUACGGCCAGUGGAACUUGGAAGACGUGCCGGACGCGCGCAGCCGCGCGCGGACCUCGAGCGACUUCGCACGACCUCGAGCGCUGUCGAGUGGCCAUGGGCUGCUGCGGCCGGUGAUCUCAGAGCUGCAUUCAGCGGUGAUGUUCAGCGAUGAGGAGGAGACCCCAAAGGUUCUGGACAUCCGCAGCGAGCAGUUUGUUAAAGCAAUGCACAGCUUGGUCUUGGUGCUGGAGCGCUUGGGCUGGAGAGUGAGCAGCUGCUUGGAGACUGACAAUGAGAAGCUCACGCGACUCUAUGGGAAAGCUGGAAAACCCAGCUAUCGUGCCUGGCUGCUGUCAGAGACUCCAGUGCAUGAAGCCACGGGCUACCAGGAAGCCUUGGUGUCCAAGCAAAUGAGGGGGACAGAGUUCUUCUUGCUGGCGGAUGGUUUGGAGACCUCCGAUGGUGUGAACCUCGCCUAUGCUCGAAGCCUUCAGGAGCAUCAUUCCUUCCUGCAGCGUCAG